AUGGCUCGCCAGUUUGUCCUUUCGUUCUUUCUGGUUUCGGCCUUGUAUCCGUCUGGAGUUCCUGCUGGACCUUGCCGGCCGAAGCCUGUGUCCUCUUAUGCUGUUCCGAGCGUUGCGACGAGUGAGGUCUCUACAGAUAUUACCGGCCUGACGUCUUCUAUUGAGAGCUUGACUGUCGAAGUCUCAGCAAGCGCUUCGACGGGCAUCUUAACUGACCGUGGGGAGACCGAUGCGGCGCAAACGACUGGUACCUUGUCGCUGAGUCUACCUGCCAGUCUUGCUACGACUACGACUACAGACGGGGAGACUACUGCUGUGGCGACUGGCCCUGCUACAGAUACCUUCAGCUUUACGACAGACUCUAGCACGGUUGCUUCCUAUUCUGCGUCCUCUGGCUUCAUAUCAGGCUCUGUCGCUACGGAUUCUGCCAGUUACACAACCAGUGGUGCCACAACAGAUGCCAAAACCGACACCGCCAGCGACGCCACAACCGAUGUUUCUGUCUUCAACACAGGUUCUGUCACCACAGCCUCGACUUAUGCGACCAGCGAUGCUGGGACUGAUGUCUCUGGCCUCCCCACAGGCUCUGCCACUCAAGAUGUCUCGACUUACACGACCAGUGAAGCUACGACAGAUGCCAACACUGACGACAUCGGUGAUGCUACUACUGAUGCCUCUAGCUUCACUACGGGUACUACCACCACAGAUGCGCCGACUGAUGUUUCCAGUGAUGCUACAACUGGUGCUUCCAGUCUCACUACGGACUCUAGCACCACAGGUGCCUCAACCUACACUAUCAGCGAGUCCGGAAUUGGCACCACCACGAGCCCUGUUACUGUUACUACCACCUCAGCCAAUUACUGCAGCAACGAUGAAUGGCAGAACGAUGCUCUCAUUGCCUCUUUUAAGGCCACAAGGACCUAUGCGAUAGAUGUCUGCGCCACUGCUAUCGAACCCGUCACCACUGUCGCAGCCACAGGAUCGUCAGAGACUACCGAGUCCGAGAUCGUUGUCGUCACAGAGGAUUUUGCCGAUAAGACCAGGAUUGUUAUUCAUGCGCCGUCUACCAACUUUGUCGCUGGACCUGACAGGACUGUCACUGCUGUCCGUCGCGACGGAAUUAUCGAGAUUAUUGAGCCAAAAACUAUCUACGACACCGUCGCCCGCACGACUAUCGAGCUCCCAACUGCUUUCGAAACAGUUUUCACUACUGAUGUUGAAUACAUCGGCAGUACCAGCGUGGACACUAUCUACGAUGUCGUCGAUACGCAAACGACGUUGGUGGUUACGGACACGACCGAGAUCACAACCGCUACUUCUACAGACGUGGUCACCGAGACUAUCACCAGUAUUGAGAGCAUCCCUACUACGUCUACCGAGUACGUAGUCACCGGCACAACCAUCAAGUUUGCCCCGGGAAUGACUAUCCACGUGACCAACUCUCGUACAUUCGUCGUUUACUCGGUUCCAUCUACUCGAAGGCAUGUUUUGUACACGACUACCAAUUACCGCACUUCUGCCUGGACGACCGUCACUGUUCAGUCAACAUACACUGACUAUACCACCGCCCCUACGGAGACUGUCGAUGUUACUACUGCGACGAACACGGUAGACGAGACAAUUGUCACGAGCACUGACACUGACUUUGCUACGAGUACUGUCACAACUAAUGAGUGGACCACAGAGACUUCCGUCUCUACUUCAACUAGCACCAAGCUUCUCCCUCCAAAGUACACUCAGCACGAGUUCACUUGGCUGCAGAACAAAAAACGAGCCAUCGCCAGCGCUGCUCUUAAGGUCCGCGUCGCUCUGCCCGACAGCCUCGAAGAACAAUGGAUCAACGAGUAUGGUGAACCUCAUUUCCAUAGUGCCUGUUCAUGUUUUCUUCCCUUCUCUCCCCACAUGAGGACCGUCUACGCGUCCGCAGAACUUGAGACGAUCAUCGAGAAGUCCACCACCAUUGACAAGAUCUAUGGCGACACCGUCACGCUGACCAUUACCACGGCCGCAACCGUCACUACCCACAAGACCUUGACGGAGACCACUGUCAUAGAUGGGACCACCUCUAUCGAGACGCGCACCGUCCAUGAGGAUAUCACCCAGACUGUCUUGUCCACGCCCACAGCUCAAUCCCUCAUCACAAAGGUUGUGGUCAAUGAUGAUGUGAAGCAAGUCACCAAGGAGAUCGCUGUCAUUGACACAAUCACUCUGUAUGGUAUCGCUACUGGAUACACAUGGAUGGAAGUUACCCGCACGCAGGACAUCUACGAUCUUCGCAGCAAACUAUUCCCAGUUGUUCAGACCAUCGACAUUGCCGAGACGUCUACCUCUACUCUCCCAACUACCAUUGUUGAGACUACCGUAGACGUAACCUCUACUGCGCUGUCCACUGCCGAUGAGACUGUCUACGAUGCGUUUACCAGCAUUGUUCCCGUCGCUGUCACUGAUGUGAAGCAGUUCACAUAUACAAAGACCAUUUUCACCGAUGCGACAUCGGUCUACUCAGUUGAGGCUACCAACACUGUUGGUACAAUUGCGACAACAACGCUGACUACCUUCACUACCGUCACCAAUGGAGUCACAUCCACAAUCACCACAAUUCUGUCCACCGACGUGACUGUCACAGCUCAAGCGAUCGCAACAGAGACAUGCGCCAUGCCCAUCAAGGACGGCGAUUUCGAGUACGAGCCCGGCACCAGCCCUUGGUACGCAUCCUACAAAUCCAAGUACGAUUGGGACAAGAUUUGGCUUGACAAUGCCCACGGAAAGGUUCUCCAGACGAAGCAGCUUUACAACAACACCAACUUCAUCUUGUGGCAGGACAUCCAGUCAUGCAAGGGCGUGACUUUCAGUUGCGACUACCAGUUCUGGAUCGACAAGUACUACUACGUCAAGGGCGACAAGAAACCCGGCAAGGGUAAAAACGACAACAGCGACUCGGCAUACUACUGGUGGACGCCUUACAUCUGGACGUUCUGGAACGAUAAUCCUAACACAAUUGGAGAGCGGUGGCCCAGAAAUACGGGCGAGGCUGGAAGGUGGAUGGAUGCCAACAUCAAGUUUCAGACUACUGGCAAAGUUGACACGCUGUGGAUUUACUCUGCAAGUCCACAGUGGCCGUGGGAAGGCGACAACUUUCUCAUGCUGGAUAACUACAAGUGCAAACCGAUUGCAUUCAAGGGACCGAAUGGGCCUGUUGGGGGGUUCCGUUCAUAG